AAGAACUUUACAUUUCUUCAUUCCAUUCCUUUCUUGACAUCUUACAUUCAGUCUCAUGUAUACCACUCAUAACUUUCGAUUCUUACGCAUCAGUAAAGCUAGUGUCUUGCCAUUGAAUUUAUUACUGGCCAAAGAAGACCUCGACUGGUUUAACGAUUACACAUUUCAAGAGAUCCUAACGGUACUGAAGCCUCUUCUUUUGAGCCGCAUUGAGCUCUAUAAUCAAGGGCAUAUAAUCAAGAGAGCUGUUGCUCCAACAACAUACAACAGCAUUUAUCAGGAUCCCGAUGAUGAUGGAUUAGAGGAUGCUGGAGUUAUUCUUGGAGGAAACAGCUAUGGUAGCAACAGAGAUCGCCAUGAUCCAGUGGACAACAGUGUUAGCACCAGUCCCAGUGGUAAAGCAGGAAAACGUGGGGUCAAAGAAAGACCUCAGUUUGCAGUAAGGUUUGGAAUGAGGCCUAGCACAACAUCUGAGCGUGGAGGCGCCAUCCUUAUUGCUGAUAAGACAUUGGGGUUUUUGAAAGUCAAGGAGGAGCAGGAAGAUGUCUCUCUAAUAUCUCAAAGAGUGAGUCGUAGAGUGAGCACAGAUCUGGCUUCACUUGAAGGUGAAAGCGAAACAACAACAUCCAAUCCCAAUAACAUUAUUGAUGGGGUCGCAAUCCGAGAAGAGGAUGAGAGCGAUAGCUUACGUGUUAGUGAUUUUAGGCGUGGGGAUGAUGACACAGAGAUAGAUGCACAGCAAGGAGAUGCAAAUGAUCAUGAUUAUGAUGGUGAAUAUAGCAAUUCGGUACAGCCCAACAAGAGACGAGCAAAGCGAAAAGAGGCUCCAGAGGAUGAUGCAGUCGUCAGGAAAGGGAAGCAGAAAAAGAGAACAGGAGCAAAGGAUUUUGAGGCAUCAUCAAGUCAAACUGAGCAAAAACCUACUCUUCAAGUCAAUUACAGUGGACUAAAGCUUCAUCCUCAGACUCUCUAUAUCGUUGUCAGAACUGUAAAGCCAUCAACAAAAACAACAUCUAUCUUGCCAUUCAUUAAACCUGCAGAGGAGUUAGGUGGUGGUGAUGGCAGCAGUGGUCCAAUGGAUCGCGUCUCUGACAAUCAAGAGGUGGAUGAAGAAAGUUUAUUCCCCCCUGGCAUGGAUUACUUCACAUCGUAAAUUUUAAAUAAUAGAAAAAAGAAACUUUAUUUAUAAUCGAUUUUGUACUCGCUUUACAAUUUGGUAAACAGGGUAGGUUUCUGCUUCAC